UAUGGAUCCAUUUGGAAUUUAGUGUGGAACGUUGCGAAGAAAUGUUUCACAUUUGGAAUUAUAGGGGUUACUGUUUCGGAUCGUUAUGCGGGUGUUGUCCCUAUCCGAGGUGUUUCAAUGUCUCCCACUUUUAAUCCUAGAGCGACUUCUCUGGCAGGAUCAGUGACAGGUGACUACGUGCUAGUUGACAAAUUUUGCAUUGAGAAGUAUAAAUUUUCUCCCGGUGACGUGAUUGUUUACCGCUCCCCUUGUAAUUACAAGGAGAAACAUGUGAAAAGAAUUAUUGCCUUACCAGGAGAUUGGGUUGGAACUCGUCAAACAUAUGAUGUUGUCAAGGUUUCAGAAGGACAUUGUUGGGUUGAAGGCGAUAAUGCAGAAUGCAGCAUGGACUCGAGAUCUUUUGGCCCGAUACCAAUGGGUUUGAUUCAAGGGAAGGUGUCACAUAUCGUAUGAAAGAAUUGGUGCUGUUGAGAAAAAAUAUCCUCAGGGGAGAAUCAAUUCCUACUAGUUCCUACUUAAAACUAAACCUAGAGAGAUGACCAGUUUUCCAUGAUCGACCCGACCUGGCCUUUUGCUUAUGUGCAAGAUUUGGAAACGUAAGGCCUUUCUUGUACUGAUUUUUAUCCAUCACCUUCUUUAAUGUCAUUUUAUAACAUAUUAACAUACAUUAUUUACCGUUCUUGGGGUAUUUUCAAUAUAUAAUACCCAUAUUCCAGGAUUGAUUCAGGCCA